AUGCUUAAGCAUGGAACGACUAUAGAUGCUACUAUGAUGGCAGAAUUACUGCCCCUCGGCGAAGGCCUUGAGACGCUAGAAGAAACUCAUAAUACCUGGAGUAUUCAAGACUGGGGAAACUUGCAGAAGAAAGAGCUCGGCCGAGCGUUUCAGUGUGGAGGCGGUUCAUGGCAAAUCCUCCUGUAUCCCGAAGGAAAUGGCGUGGAUAAAGUAUCAAUAUAUUUUCAGCUCGUUCAUGACCCUAUUAAAGAGUUGAAAAACUGGCAUGCUUGUGUUCAAUUUGCUCUGGUUCUCUGGGACCCAAAAAGUCCCUCAAAAUACGUUUCUCAUGCUGCUGCACACCGAUUCAAUACUGAUGAACCUGACUGGGGAUUCACAAGGUUCUGCGAGCGCAAAAAGGAGUCAAAAUCGCUGGAAGGGGAUAAUUCCCCUUUUUCAGACAAGGCAUGGGCACUACAGCAUGUGUUUUCCGCUCUUCAGACUGCAUCGUCAGCUGUUUCGCCAACAAAGCUCACGGAUUCCUUUGGCUGGAGAGCCUUGCAAUUGUUCGAGCCACAAGAUGCUCAGGAGUUCUUAACAGUAUUACUCGAUAGCAUCGCUGAAAGGCUCAAGGUUACGCCAUGUCGGGAUGCAUUCCGGAGUCUGUUUACCGUUGAAAUCAAAACAAACCAUUCCUGCGUCAAGGUCGCGUGCAGGUGGUCAAAAGAGGAAGAAUCGAGACAUAUAAGGUUGAAUGUCCGUAAUAACCGGACCUUAAUGGAUAGCUUCAAUGAAUACACCUCGGUCGGUCUUCUUAAAGGCUUCAUGACUGGUGACGUACUCAAAGAGCAGGAUGUGACGAGGCAUAUAUCGUUUGACCAUCUUCCAUCCGUUCUCUUCCUAUACUUGAACCGAGUGGAAUAUGAUGUCAAGGCCGAUGCAAUAAGAAAGCUGACUGACUAUCAUGAGUUUCCUGAAGAAAUGGAUAUGUCGCAAUAUCUCUCGGAUAAAGCUGACAAGUCCAAACCAUGGGACUACCUGCUGUUUGGCGUCGUUGUCCAUGCUAGCAGCGGAACUUCUGGCAACUAUUAUACGUUCAUCCGACCAAAGCCCAGUGGACAAUUUUAUAAGUUUUACGAUGAUAGAGUCACACCAGCAACUCUUAAACAGGCUAUGAGUGAUAAUUUUGGAGUUCCAAAUGCCAAACCGCAGAUUUCCACGAAAGGCCUUGAGCCAUACUAUGCUACAGACAAAUAUACGGAUAAAACGGCUACUAUGCUAAUAUACAUCCGCAAGUCUGAAGCUCAUAGUAUCUUAGAGGAUGUUUUGGAAAGCGAUAUCCCCGAAAAAACUCGUCCUUUGCCAUAUGCGCUCCAAAGACCAGCUCAUUUAACCGUUUCUUAUGAUUCCAAACCAACUAAGGAGGGGACAGCGGCAAUUGAUGCACAAGGCAAGGAACUGAAGGCAGCUCAAGAGUCGGCGGCCAGCUACAUGAGUGUUAAAUUCUGCUCCAAUAAGGACUUCCUUAGUCACCAUGGAUUCGACUUGAUGCCCAAAUUCCCAGAAGGCUAUAAGUCGGCCAUACCACUGUCGUAUAGCCGUAUCUCAGAGAGCAUGGUGGUGAAGACGCUUAUGACAACGAUUUCCAAUGAUCUUGGAAUAACUGGGAAAGCUAUCAGGAUUUGGCCAUUGAUAGCUCGACAAAAUGGGACAAUUCGUCCAACCGGGCCCCCUCUUGACCCUGAGAUGACGAUGGGGGAUGCAAGGAAGCUACAUUAUCCAAGACUUCCCUCAGUAAUUCAGCUAUGGAUCGAGAGUGAGGAAUGCCUUUACGGAAAGAAAGACAGCCAGGGCUCCUCCCUGGUUUUCUUGAAACAUUUUGAUGCAGUAAAUCAGAUGAUAACUGGAUUUGGACAUGUCUAUGUUACGCCAGAUGACACACCUAAUCACCUUUCACCUACUAUACGCAAAGCUAUGGGGUGGGGAUCUGAUGCCGUGAUCUCCUAUGUCGAGGAGAUUAAACCAACUCUGAUAGAGAAUAUGGAUGGGGAGAAGACUAUGAAACGCCUAGAGAUUGGUGACGGGGAUGUUAUCUGUUUCCAAAGGUCCCUAAAUUUGACCGAGUAUGGCUCACUCCCUCUAUGUUACUCCUCUCUCACUUCAUUCUAA